CUUUCCUUUAUCGUUCCCUCUUAUUUUUCUUCAUUUCUAAAUAAUAUUUUUAAAAGCUGUGUCCGUUUGGACAUUAAUAUUGCCUUUUUCUUGUAAUCCACAUCCUUAUAAUAUCUCGUGACAGUCUACCCGCGCAACUAACAGCAAAAUUAUCGAUGAAGUGUGUUCGUGUUGUCGACCCCGCCGACUUUGAUAAUAUAGUCAAUGCUGCUGUUGAUGAAUCCAGCGCUGUGUUUGUACUGUUUUUUGGUCGCGAGAGCCCAGACACCAAUCUUUCAUGGUGCCCCGAUUGCGUCAUUGCGGAUCCCGAAGUGCGCAGGGCUGUCAGCAGUGUCGAAAAUUCGAUUUUGCUAGAGGUUCCUAUUGAUCGCAAGUCCGACAUUCAGAGUCCGUUCAAUGUUUUCCGCGAUCGAGCCGAUACCAAAGUUGAAAGGAUUCCGAUGCUGCUGCGCUGGACUGCCGGUGGUCCCUCUGCCACACGACUCGUAGAGGACGACUGCACAGUGAAUAGGAUCAAAGAGUACAUCAAGAGCACAGGCCAACAGUAGACAGCCACAUACUAGGUUUCAUUUGUAAACCUAAUUCAAAAAUUCAAAAAUUCAAAUUGGUUAGCCCACCCUGUCAUUCGUAACCAAAAAUGUCACCCCGCAUAUUUUCUGGGUUAUUGGUUAUUGCCAAUGCUCAGGGUGCAAUCACAUUCUUUCAUUACAUCAAUCGAUUAAUAGAUUGGUCGGCAAAAUUCACCAUACCAAUACAAGAGAAAUAUG